UAAUGGCGUCGUCAUGAGAUCUGUGUGGAUAUACUGGAUAAUAAUAGCAGGCGUAUUUACACAUUUUGCAUACGGAAAAUUAGCUCAUUGGAGAAACAUCACCUUUGAUUUCCUGGAAGAUCAGUAUGUUAAUACUACAAAAAUGUCUUGGUGGGACGCCGCAAAAUCGGCGUGCGAGGAUGGAGUUCUUUUGCCGCAUUUUAACAUAUCAUGGAAUCUUUUCACGGCAAUGGACGAAAUGACUUAUUACUGGGUCGGUGCCCUGGAAGUGUACACCCCUUGGAAGUGGACAGAGGACAUAUCUCUGUUGUUUGUGAUCAGAGGAUCUUUGAAUGUUUCUGACUACUCAAGAAUAACCGUACACGAUAACGAGCCAUAUCGGUGUUACACGAAAUGCAAACGGGGACCAGUGGGUUUACAGGGCAAAUAUUGUUACUGUUUGAAUAGGAAUAUUGAUACAACGACGCACGUUGAAGAAAUUCGAUGUCCUGGAUCGUAUGAACAGUUCUGUGGAAGUGAGAGCACAAUGUCGGUUUAUAAUCUGGAUAUUCCUGGAAGCUUGCCGUUUCUUCCUACUGAUUAUUCCACGUGUGGUUAUUUCUAUGGCCGCUAUCGGCGAUAUUACAGGCUCAAAUUUGACAAAUCCUGCGAAAAUGAUAUGUACUAUGCGUGUCCAGAAUCUGCGUUCAGGAUCACCAACAGCCGUAAAUGUUACAAUGAAGUCUGCAUAUCACGUAAAAAGAAAAAAUGGCAAUAUGCGAUGAAGGACUGUGGAAACAAUCUUAUUAAAUUAACGACUAAUACGACACAGACUCUAAAGACACUUAUUUCUCAAACGGCUUCAAAGUGGAUCGGCACACAUUCCAAACACUGGAUCGGGCUCGAGCGACACGUGACGAGAAAAUGGAUUAAUGGUACAGAUUUCGAGUACAGUAUUUAUGAAGAAAGUAAUGACGAUGGACCCAAAUGUAUCGCUCUGUACAAAUGGUAUACAGGGGAUCUAUACGUUGACACGGUAACUUGCUCGACGAAUCUUAAAGCGAUUUGCCAAAUAUACAAACCCAAACCAACAACCGUGUCUACGUCAAAGCCAACCACAGUACGCACAACGUCAACCACGAUGUCUACGACAACACAUACCUCGUUUACUGAGAAGAGUAGUCUCCAAUCAGACCAGACAGGACACCCGAGGUCUACACAGGCAAUAGCUGGUUCAACUGAAUCGCAGCAACAGCUGAGCCCGAAGAGUGGUUCAAGUGGCAUAAUUGCUGGUGUUGCUGUUGGUAUAAUAGCACUGCUUGUAUUAGCUGGAGUUGUUGUACUUAUCUGGAUGAAAAGAAGCAAGAGAUUUCUUUUCAAGUCCGCUAAACUGGAUCAUCAAACAAGAGCUGCAUCACCAGUCCAUGCUACAGCCUCAGUACCUAACACCUAUGAGCAAUAUGACAACAAUGCAAACAACAGAAUCCAAUAUGAAAAUGUGGCGUACUGUGCUCAGCCAAACACGAACGCCUUGCGUGGUCCAAUCGCUGUUUCAUCCAUCGACUACAACCUUGCUGCUGCAGAUGACACACUACAAGGACCUCGUGAUUUAGCGGAUCUACCCAAUGGCGUCAGGCCACGUGAUGACUACGAACUGGCGGGUCCAGAUGACGCAAAGCCAGAAACGGCUUAUGCAGCAGAUUCGUCCAGUUACGCCUGUCCAGGUGAUUACUUUGAACUGGAGGGUCCAGGUGACUCUGGACCAGAAACAGAUGACUAUGAACUGGAAGGUCCAGCAGACACAGCUGAGUACGCAGUAGUGGACAGUAAAAUCGCUUCUGAGGAAUACAACAGUCUACACGAGACACAACGUGACAGAAACCUAGAUCUAAACUACAGCCACAUUGGUGCAGCUGAGCUAACUGGAGAUCUGUACGACACGACAGAACCUACACCACACGGACGAACGGACAAUGAUAUGUACAGCCACAUCAAGGGAGACAGAUUUGAAGACGAGGAUAUGUACAACCAUACGGAUGGGUCUGAUGACCUACCAGAGCAGUAUGAUCCAGAAUACAACCACAUUACUACUAAGUAGAUACAUGUACUAGUAUUUGUCGGCCAGAUCAUACAGAUAAUAUACAAUUUAUAUAAUAUGUGCUUUGUAACUAUGGCAGUUCUACAUACCAAUCACAUGCUAUAACAGACAAUUCAUAUAUUACUGAUACAAUCGAAAGAUUACGUCUUUAAAAUGUGUAAUACUCACAGUCCAAACCAAUUAUAUUAGAGAUUAUAGACUUAUAUUGAUACACUCUAAAUAAUACAUGAUUUGGCAAACAUAGAGACUAAGCAUAUUAUGUUACAGAGAAUACGUUUGUAAUCUGGAUAAUAUAUUUUCGGUAAAUAUGGCAAACCUGUAUUUACAGAGAAUACAUCUGUAUUAAUACAUGUGAGAUAAUACCAUUUGUAAAUAAGGCAAACCUAGAUAAUAUGCAAAUUAUAUACCAGAGAAUACAUUUUUUUAUUAUUAUUGAUUUAAUCAGGAUAAUACAUGUUUUGUAAAUAUGGCAAAACUGUACUUACAAAGAAUAAAUUCAUAUUGAUGCAUGUGAGAUAAUAAUAUUUGCAAAUAAGGCAAACCUAAAGACUAAGCAAAUUAUGUAACAGAGAAUACAUUGUUAUUGAUCAGUUUGAGAUAAUACUGUUUGUAAAGGAAAACCUAUAUAUAUAUACAUACAGAUACUUUGUUUAUAUUGAUACAUGAUUAAUAAUACGAUUUGUAAAUAAAGCAAACCUAGAAACUAAGCAAAUUAUGAAACAGAGAAUAUAUUUGUAUUGUAGCAAUCUGGAUAAUGCAUGCUUUGUAAAAAUAGCAAACCAAUAUGUACAGAUGUUGUACCUAGAAACUAAGCAAAGUAUGUAACAAAGAAUAUAUUUGUAUUGAAGCAAUCUGGAUAAAGCAUGUUUUAUGAAAAUGGCAAACCUCUAUAUACAAAGACUAUGUUUAUAUUGAUACAUUUGACAUAAUACAAUUUGUAAAUAAGGUAA